AUGCAACGGUUGAAAGCAAUCCUUUUCCUGUUAGCGGCACUCACAUGUUUGGAAUUUACACUUGCGGUGCCGGAGAAAUUCGAGUGUCUAGCGAAGGACAAGCCCGUCGGGAUUUGCGCGGCAAACAAGCCCAGCCGACACCACUACCAACGUCGCAAUCAAUCAGAGAUUCUACCAGCCCAUCAGCCAGAACCGGAACAUUUGUUGAUAUACAGAUGCGAUAAAAAUUCUGAUAUCCAGUGGUGUUGCCCGACAAACAAGUUCGCUUUUUAUGAGCCACCUACAUCAAUGAUCGUAGACACCUCAACGUUGGAUGAACACUGCCACAAGGGCAAGGUAAUCUAG